AUGUCUGACUGGGAAGCGUCCGACGACGAUGCGCCCAAGGCCGCCUCCUCCGCCCCGAUCCCGAAGAAGCCGGUGAAGAGCAAGUGGGACGGGGAGGACGAAGAGGACGACGGUCCGGUCAGCGACUGGGAGGCGUCCUCGGACGAGGAAGAGGACGAGAAGCCCCGCCCGGCGGUCACCGCCGCCCCGCCCAAGAAGAAGGGCACGCUCAAGCAGAAGCUCGCGGAGAAGGAGGCGCUCAAGGCGCAGCAGGCCGCCGACGCCGCCGAAUACGACGAGGACGCGGUGCUCGACCCGCGCGAGAAGGCGCGACGUGACAAGGAGCGCGAGCUCGCUGCGGACUUGAAUAACGCCGCGGACCUGUUUGGUGCGACGGCGCUCGGAGGCACAUCGUCCAAGGAGCUCGACUCGCUCAUCUCCGCACAACCACGGACGAAGGAGGAUUUCAUCCAGUUCUCGGACAUGGUCAUCGAAUACGUGAUCAAACGGCAUCAGUCUAAGCCGUUGUACGCCACUUUCCUUGAGCACCAUACCCGCGCGCUCGCAGAGCCGCUCCGGGACAUAGAAGUCCGCAAGGUUGCGAGCGGCCUCACUACGCUUGCAAACGAGAAGCAGAAGGAGCAGCGCGACAAAGCAAGCGGCAAGAAGAAGCCCAAGGCCACCACCAAACCUGCCCUCGCGGCUGCGAAGCCGUCAGGCAAGAUGGACACCACCUUGUACAACGAGGUACUGGACGACUUCGGCGACGACGAGUUCAUGUAG